AGACAAUAGUCUACGCAACACCUUUGCAUGUGCUUGCCAACUAACCUUUUUGCCAGUCGAAAUAACUUCUGUAAAUGAAUGUGUGUAAAAUGGAAAAAUUUCGAGAACAAAUAAAAUGUCUACAUGAGAAAGACGAUUGGAGAUCAAUACUUGAAGUAUUAAAUGAAGAAGACAAAUGGUACAGCUAUGUGCUUUGGAUUCGCCCAAGCGCCGAAAACCUGCACUUCAUAGCUGAAUCAGUGACUAGUAUGGGUCUUCAUGGAUUGGUGAGCAUAGGUUGCGGAACAGGCUUAUUGGAAUGGUUACUCAUGAUGGCUACAGGACUGAAAGUGAUUGGAUUAGAAAGGGAUAGGAGAUACUGGAGCUCAAAGCCAAAUUUCAAACCAUUCCUACAUCACUUGUAUCCAGAAGACUGCAAUUUCGUCGAGUGUUGCACAUCGGAAAAGUACGCUCUAGCCUUCUGCUACUUCAAUUACCGGGACGCAUUCGAUGAUUACAUUGAUAAUUACAAGGGCACUUGUGUUAUUAUUAUUGGCCCGGGAGAGGGAAGAGGCACACACACCGAUCCUGAACCCUUCGAUCCGAAAUUUCGAUCAAAAUGUUGGCAACUAAAAGAUUCCCAAGAAAUUUGUGGAACUAAGGAUUACAUUGCAGUUUAUACAAGACCGCCGUUGAUCGACGAAUAAUUUUAAUUCAAUGGUGGACGAAUGAAUAUAUUCGAUCACGAGUAAUCAAUCGUAACUUGAAACAGAAGGCAACAUACCAUCAAUAUCCAAAGUUGGAAGUUUUUCACUUUAUAUUUUGGAAAUAGUAGACUCAUUCCAGUAUGAUUCAUUGAACGUUGUAACAGAGAUUGGGAACAAUAUUGGUUGGUGUGAGUAUCAGCGAUAAAAUGUACAAUGUUUCAUUUUAACUUUCAAUAUCAGGAAUUUGAUUGUAAAUACUGGAGUUCACAACACCCAUCAGAAAUGAAUUUAAAAUUAUUUGAAUUGAACUUUACAAUUAUUAUUAAUUCGACUUGAAAAGUCGAAGAAUCAACUGAGCCUUGGUACAACACCAAGUAGUUUUCAUGUAUUCUACAGGAAUAAAUAAUUAGAAAUCAGUAUAAAAAUGAAAGUCAGAUGAUGGCGUUUACUACAUUCAAUACUUUUAUUUGAUUCAAACUUCAUAAUUAAAAUCGUGUUUACAAU